GACGAGCGCUGGCGAGCAGCCGUGCGGAAAUCCGAUCGACGGCCUGACGAGGAUUCUUCGGCGUCUUCAUCGCAACAGGGCAUGUUUGUGUGUGGGAGCGUCUCCAUGGCGACAUGCGUGAGUUUGUUGUUGAGCACGUGUGUAUUAGCGUGUGCGGCGUCCAACGUGGACACGCGCUUCCCGCUGCUGAAGACGGGAGCAGACGGAACUUUGUUUGGACUUUCCGUCGCUUUGCAUCUUGACCUCAAGUCACACAAGCACCUCCUAUUGGUCGGAGCUCCCAGAGAGAGGGCGGAGCCCGAUGUCCCGGCCAAUCGAACCGGGGGCGUCUACAGCUGCCCGAUAACUGCCGACCAAUCGGAUUGCAGGAGGCUAUCGCUCAUUAAGCAAGACUUGGACCCGUCCGAGGACCUGGUUGAGGACAUGUGGUUGGGCGUGUCGCUGGCCAGUCAAGGGCCACCCGGGGGGCGGGUCCUGGCGUGCGGUCAUCGCUUUGUGAAGGUUUACGGUGCGUCCGAACUCAGACACAUGAUCGGUCGCUGUUAUAUCCGCGGCGACGACCGGCGCCACGAUGGCGCAGACGACCAGUGGCGGUCCCUUGAGCAGGUGUGCAGUCACCUGGGGGACGUGAGCAGAGAGGUCAUGUGUAGCUCGGGAAUGUCUGCCGCCAUCUUUCGGCAUGACAUCAUCAUCGGAUCGCCAGGAAGUUACCAAUGGCAAGGAAACGUCCACGUGACCUGGACCAAUCCUCACGUCAUCUUUGACACCAGGAGGAGUUCCUUCCCAAACCUGCAGCGCAGGAACAUCUACUUAGGCUAUUCAGUCACUCAGGCUGCUGGUCUUCUCUCUCAGGAUGACGUCACCAUAGUAACAGCAGGCGCGCCGAAGGACACCAAAGAGGACGCCCGCGGUUCUGUGCUCCUAGCGGUCAAAGAUGCCGGCGCCGGGCUGGCCAUCCGGCAGACGCUCCGAGGAGAGCAGACGGGCUCGUACUUCGGGAACGCCGUGGCUGCCGCGGACCUGGACAACGACGGGUGGCACGACCUGCUGGUGGGCGCGCCUUUUUACUUCCGGCGGCAGCAGGAAGUGGGCGGGGCGGUUUACGUGUACAUGAACGCGGGGGGGCGCUUCCGCUCGACGCCCACGUUGGCGCUGAAGGGGCCGCCCGCUUCGGCGUUCGGAAUGGCCGUCGCACACGCCGGCGACCUCGACGGAGACGGCUUCCAGGACUUUGCGGUGGGCGCUCCGUUUCAUGGAACAGGAAGUGUGAUGAUCUGGUGCGGGAGCAGCACCGGUGUCUCCAGCCAGCCCAGCCAGGUGAUCAGCGGAAGCAGUUUGUCCCCUCGCUUGUCCACUUUCGGGUUCUCGUUGUCCGGCGGACUGGACGUGGACGGGAACCGACAUCCAGACCUUCUGGUCGGCUCGCUGGACGACACCGCUGUCCUGCUGAGGUCUCGUCCGGUGAUCCACCUCAACAAAACCAUCAGAGUGUCCCCAAAUAUUGUGAAGCCCAACACUUGCGACUUUUGUAUUGAGGUGGAGGUGUGUUUCUCGUACACGUGGAGCACCGGUGACACGCGCCAGCGAGACAACAUCACCGUCCGGUUCAGCGUGGCUGCCGACGUUGGCAGCCCGAAGCCCCGCUUGCGUUUCCGUGGCAAUGGUCAGAGCGCGUACUCGGGCUCCAUGCUGGUUCCGCAGCGGCGUUGCAGAACUCUGAUCGUCGGACUGCCGACUCCCGUACGAGACCACGUGGCCGCGUUGGUGUUCUCGCUGAACGCGUCCGUGCAGCAGAAGAUGCCCAAGAACAAAGAGCCCCUCCAGGACCUGGCGUCCUUCCCGGUACUGAGCCGCAGAUCCCGACCAGUCAGGACUCAGGUGCACAUCCAGAAGGCGUGCGGUUCCGAUAACCGUUGCCACAGUAACCUGCAGAUGGCAGCUCACUUCACCGACGCCAGGCAGCAGCCGCUGAGCACGUGGUCUGGCCGUCAGGUGUGGUCCUACGGGGGCGGCGCGGACCGUCUUCUGCUGCGGGUCAACAUCAGCAACACAGAGGAGGACGCUCACUUGGCCCUGCUUAACGUCACGGUCCCGCCGGCACUGGUCUACUCCGGAGUCCGGACUAAGAGUGGCAUCCAGAAAGUCCAAUGUUCCGUGGAAGGUUUCGUGGUUCUGUGUGAGCUGGGAAACCCUUUCCAAAGUAACCAGACGGUUGAAGUGUGGAUCAUUUUUGAGCCUUCAGAGACCAGCUGGGACACUUGGGAGGUGGAGACGCUGCUGCAGAUGUCUACGCUCAGCGAGCAGACGGACUUGUCUCCAGUCUCGCUCUCCUUGAUGAUCAACUAUUCUGUGGACAUGUCCCUCACCUUGACCCGUCAACCGGGCCCCGUCCCCUUCAGCGGUCACGCGGUGGGCGAGUCGGCCAUGAGGACAACGGAGGACGUGGGCCCUCUGCUCAUCUUCACUUUCCAGGUGCACUUGGGCGGGAGUUGCCGAGGCAACCCGGAGCUGGCGUUCAAUUGGCCGAGCGAGUUGUCCAACGGGAAGUGGCUCCUCUACCUGACGGAGAUCUCGCUGAACGGAAGCGCGGAAUCGCGAUGUGUUCCGCCCGGCAAUGUGGUCAACCCUCUGCGCCUGAAGAUGUCCAGAGAGGCGAGCGGGAGGGAGAGGCAGACUCCGGCGCAGGAAGAGGAAGUGAGGAAGGACAAGGGGACGGGACACGGCACGCCUGUCCGUCACUUGCAGACCAACAACAAGUCUUACGUCCUGGACUGCGUGAACGGCGGCGCCAAGUGCGUGCACUUCACGUGUCCGCUGCCGCACGUGAAGAAGGGCGCCAGUGUGACGUUACGAGCACGAUUGUGGAAGGCCACCAUGUUGGAGCACUACAUGGACGCCAGGGCCGUGCUGCUGCGGGGGCGGGCCACUCUCAGGCUGGGGACCUUCAACACGGAAGCCCACAGCGCACAGGUGCUACUAGCGCCCCCUGCAGCCAACGACAGCGACGACAACAUUGACGCGGCGCCGCUGUUGUUUGCAGAUGGAGGUCCACGUUUAUCCCUACCCGGAGCGGCGGGUGGGCAGCGGCGCCCCCCUGUGGAUGAUUGCGGCGUCCGUCCUGGCUGGGCUGGGCCUGCUGGCUCUCAUCUGCGCGCUGCUGUGGAAGAGCGGCUUCUUCGUGCGCGGCGGCACGUGGCGGGCGGCGCAGCACCGGGGUCGGAUCGUAGCGGCGGAGGAGCGGCACGCGUGCCGGGACGGCGUCUCGACCGAGACCUGAACCCGAACGCCGGCACACCUGGACCGCUGCGGACUGACGCCCCGCAGCCGCAGCCGUCCCAAAGGGGGACUCUCGAGUCAGCGGGGGUCACCGACGCGGUGCCCGCAGGCACCCGGUAGCCCAUGUGGACCACGAGUAGGCCUGUUCUAAAAAUAGCUCACCAGUUCGAUGUAUUUUCUUGUUGCAUUUUUAAAUCAUAUUUGCAUUGGUGUACAUUUGGGGAAUGACAAUAUUUUUUAAGAAGGUUCAAAGGUCAGCGUUGUCGCGCUCGUGGAGGCACGUUAGCGAGCGUAACGAUGAGAUGAUUUAGUCCUCGUGUGAUUUCAGAAGUGUGUAUGCAACUGGAAGCCCUUCGCAUUCAUCAGCACACAAGGAGCGCUCCCUUUCAAAAAGGUCGUGACCCCUGCUCCGUGUGUAUGUCGUGGUUCCUUGCAGUCUGUUGUUUGGAUUGUUUGUUUCUGCAACUUGAAAUCAAGCGUUUGUUGUUUAGUAUUUGUAUCGUGUCUUUUGUGAAACUUGUUAGGCUAAGCUAAUGACUGUGACACGUCCUCGUUGUUUUGAUAAACUUUGUGACGUCAAACUUGUUUGUGGAUUAAUAGAAACUUUUCAGCAGAAUCGGGUCAACAUUUGACUUGAAACACAAACACACGGGACCCGUCAGCAAACACAAAAGCGACAACAGGCAACAUUUAUUUAGGUACAAUUUUUAUGUAAUUUAUUUGUUGAUGUGGAAUACCUUUGAAUUGAACGACGAGGUAGUUUUUUGCCUCUAUGUAACACAAUGUUGAUGUUUAAGCUGUGCAUGAUAACAUGUUUAAUUUCUAAAAUGUCUCGUUGUUGGGCCUGCUACCCGACUGUGUGUAUAUAUAUAUAUAUAUAUAUAUAUAUAUACACGUUAUUUUCCUUCUACUCCUUUUUGAACACUGAGUCGCACGUUUUGAUCUGCUCCCAUGCUCCGAGCAUGCUGUGAUGCCACGUCCUGUCACAUUGUACAGUUUGGAGUAUAUGUAUGUAUUUGUAUUUUCUUCGUUUUCCCCGGCCAGGUCGGCACCGCAACUGUUCGAUGAAUCGGUUUUUUUUUUAUACUGC